CCCGCCGCCCGCCGUCUGAGCCCGCGCCCGCCCGCACCAUGCUCAAGUGCAUCCCGCUGUGGCGCUGCAACCGGCACGUGGAGUCGGUAGACAAACGGCACUGCUCGCUGCAGGCCGUGCCCGAGGAGAUCUACCGCUACAGCCGCAGCCUGGAGGAACUGCUCCUCGACGCCAACCAGCUGCGUGAGCUGCCCAAGCCCUUUUUUCGGCUGCUGAACCUGCGCAAGCUGGGCCUGAGUGACAACGAGAUCCAGCGGUUGCCCCCUGAGGUGGCCAACUUCAUGCAACUGGUAGAGCUGGACGUGUCUCGGAAUGACAUCCCUGAGAUCCCCGAGAGCAUCAAGUUCUGCAAAGCCCUGGAGAUUGCAGAUUUCAGUGGGAAUCCUUUGUCCAGGCUCCCCGAAGGUUUCACUCAGCUGCGCAGCCUGGCUCAUCUGGCCCUGAAUGAUGUGUCCUUGCAGGCGCUGCCUGGGGACGUGGGCAAUCUCGCCAAUCUGGUGACCUUGGAGCUCCGGGAGAAUCUGCUCAAGUCCUUGCCUGCGUCCUUGUCUUUCCUGGUCAAGCUGGAACAGCUGGAUCUGGGAGGCAACGAUCUGGAAGUGCUGCCUGACACCCUGGGGGCCCUGCCCAACCUGCGUGAGCUGUGGCUGGACCGGAACCAGCUGUCAGCCCUGCCCCCGGAACUCGGGAAUCUACGGCGCCUGGUGUGCCUGGAUGUGUCAGAGAACCGGCUGGAGGAGCUGCCUGCGGAACUCGGGGGGCUGGUGCUGCUCACCGACCUGCUGCUCUCCCAGAACUUGCUGCAGUGCCUUCCUGACGGCAUUGGUCAGCUGAAGCAGCUGUCCAUCUUGAAGGUAGACCAGAAUCGCCUCUGCGAGGUGACGGAGGCCAUUGGGGACUGUGAGAACUUGUCAGAGCUGAUCCUCACGGAGAAUCUGCUGACGGCCCUGCCCCGCUCCUUGGGGAAGCUGAGCAAGCUGACCAACCUCAAUGUGGACCGGAACCGCCUGGAGGCGCUACCGCCUGAGAUUGGGGGCUGCGUGGCACUCAGCGUCCUCUCUUUGAGGGACAACCGCCUGGCUGUCCUGCCGCCGGAGCUCGCCCACACGGUCGAGCUGCAUGUGCUGGAUGUGGCCGGGAACCGUCUGCAGAGCCUGCCGUUCGCACUCACGCACCUCAACCUGAAGGCCCUGUGGCUGGCGGAGAACCAGGCGCAGCCCAUGCUUCGGUUCCAGACUGAGGACGAUGCCCAGACCGGCGAGAAGGUGCUCACCUGCUACCUGCUGCCCCAGCAGCCCCUGCCCAGCCUCGAGGACCCCGGGCCGCGGAGCAGCCCUUCGGAGAGCUGGGGUGACGCCCCGCUCAGCCGCGUCAGCGUCAUCCAGUUCCUGGAGGCCCCCGCGGGCGACGAGGACGCAGAGGAAGCCGCUGCCGAGAAACGGGGCCUGCAGCGUCGGGCUACGCCUCACCCCAGCGAGCUCAAGGUGAUGAAGAGGGGUGUGGAGCGUCGAAGCGAAGCCGCCUCCUGCAGGCCCGACUCCGCACAGCGCUCACCCUCACCCCCGCCCUCGGAGGAGGAGAAGAGGCUGAGCACCGAGUCUGGCCUGAGUGCGGACUCGCACCUGUCUGCCAGCACAGCCUCCCAGGGUGAGCCCGAGGGCCCGCUGGCCGAGGUGGAGGGGCCGAGCCAGCAGGAAUCCACGCCAACCACCCAGGAGGAGGUCGUAGAGGAGAUCUAUGAGGAGCCCACAGUGCGCUUCGCGGAGGACACGCUGCUCCUGCCCAGGGAGGAUGGCGAGAGCGAGGAGGGGCAGCUGGAGGGCCCCUGGCCCCUGCCGGGUGAGAGACAGAGGCUCAUCCGCAAGGACACGCCCCACUACAAGAAGCACUUCAAGAUCUCCAAGCUGCCCCAGCCGGAGGCCGUGGUGGCCCUGCUGCAGGGGGCACAGCCAGAUAGUGAGGGCCCAGUAGGGUCUGGGGGCUGGCACAAUGGCCCCCACGUGCCCUGGGCUCCUCGAGCCGAGGAGGAGGAGGAGGAGGAAGACGAGGAGGAGGAGGAAGCAGCAGCAGGAGCUGAGGAGGCGGACGAGGAGGAGGAGGAGAGGGAGGAGGCCGUGGCCUCUGCACCCUCUGUCAAGGGGGUGUCGUUUGACCAGGCCAAUAACCUGCUGAUAGAGCCCGCUCGCAUUGAGGAAGAAGAGCUGACGCUCACCAUUGUGCGGCAGACGGGGGGCCUGGGCAUCAGCAUCGCGGGCGGCAAGGGCUCCACCCCCUACAAGGGCGACGACGAGGGCAUAUUCAUCUCCCGGGUAUCUGAGGAGGGCCCUGCGGCUCAGGCUGGGGUCCGAGUAGGUGACAAGCUCCUCGAGGUGAACGGCGUGGCCUUGCAGGACGCCGAGCACCAGCAGGCCGUGGAGGCGCUGCGUGGGGCGGGCACCACUGUGCACAUGCGCCUGUGGCGGGAGCGUAUGGUGGAGCCCGAGAACGCGGUCACCGUCACGCCUCUGCGGCCUGAGGACGACUACAGCCCCCGGGAGCGGUGGGGAGGCGGCCUGCGCCUGCCCCUGCUCCAGCCCGAGCCCCCCGGGCCCCUCCGCCAGCGCCACGUGGCCUGCCUCGUGCGCAGCGAGAAGGGGUUGGGCUUCAGCAUCGCUGGGGGGAAAGGCUCCACACCCUACCGGGCUGGAGACCCGGGUAUCUUCAUCUCCCGCAUUGCUGAGGGGGGCGCCGCCCACCGGGCGGGCACCCUGCAGGUCGGCGAUCGCGUCCUCUCCAUCAAUGGGGUGGACAUGACGGAGGCCAGGCACGACCACGCUGUCUCCCUGCUGACCGCUGCCUCUCCCACCAUCGCCCUGCUGCUGGAACGGGAGGCCGGGGGGCCACUUGCCCCCGGUCCUCCGCCACACUCCCCCCCACCCCCUGCUGCUACCACCACCACCGUGGCCACUGCCACCCCUGGGGAGCCCGGGCCGCUAAGGCUGGCCCCCAGUUUGCUGGCCGCUGCCCUGGAGGGGCCGUACCCAGUGGAGGAGAUCUGUCUGCCGAGAGCUGGGGGCCCCUUGGGGCUCAGCAUUGUCGGGGGCUCCGAUCACUCCAGCCACCCAUUUGGUGUCCAGGAGCCCGGCGUGUUCAUCUCUAAGGUGCUCCCCCGGGGCCUGGCUGCACGCAGUGGCCUGCGGGUUGGGGACCGCAUCCUGGGAGUGAAUGGGCAGGAUGUGCGGGACGCCACCCACCAGGAAGCGGUCAGCGCCCUGCUCCGGCCCUGCCUGGAGCUGGUCCUGCUCGUGCGGAGGGACCCGCCGCCCCCGGGCAUGCGGGAGCUCUGUAUCCAGAAGGCCCCUGGAGAGAAGCUGGGCAUCAGCAUCCGUGGGGGCGCCAAAGGCCACGCAGGGAACCCCUGUGACCCCACGGACGAGGGCAUCUUCAUCUCCAAGGUGAGCCCCACAGGAGCAGCCGGGCGAGAUGGCCGCCUGCGGGUGGGGCUGCGGCUGCUGGAGGUGAACCAGCAGAGCUUGCUGGGCCUGACGCACGGCGAAGCCGUGCAGCUGCUACGCAGCGUGGGCGACACCCUGACUGUGCUUGUCUGUGACGGCUUCGACACCAGCGCCCCCGAGGUGUCCCCAGGCGUCAUCGCCAACCCCUUUGCAGCGGGCAUUGGCCGCCGGAACAGCCUGGAAAGCAUCUCCUCCAUCGACCGGGAGCUGAGCCCCGAGGGCCCCGGCAAGGAGAAGGAGCUGCCUGGACAGACCCCACAGAGGGGGCCGGAGGCCGUGGGUUGGAGCCUGGAGAGCCUGAAGCUGGACUGCCGUGCCCUGGCCGCCACACCCAGCGCCGGCAGUGUGCAGAGGGUACCGUCUGGGGCAAGCGGCGGGAAGAUGACUGAGGCCCCCUGUUCCCCUGGCCACCAGCAGACAAAGCCUGGGGUGAUCCAGCCAGUGGCUCAGGCCUGGCCAAGGGGCUCCCCGGCCCUCAGGGGCAGAGGUGAUCCCCAAUCCCCCCCCUCCCCGCCCUCCCCUGAUGAGCUGCCCGCCAACGUGAAGCAGGCGUAUAGGACCUUUGCUGCCGUGCCCGGCCUGCACCCGCCCCUGGAGGCCCCUGCCCAGCCCCCCACGCCUGGGCCCACGGCCUCCCCGGAGCAGCUGUCCUUCCGCGAGCGGCAGAAAUACUUCGAGCUGGAGGUGCGGGUGCCCCAGACCGGGGGCCCCCCUAAGCGCGUGUCGCUGGUGGGUGCCGACGACCUGCGGAAGAUGCAGGAGGAGGAAGCCCGAAAGCUGCAACAGAAGAGGACGCAGAUGCUGCGCGAGGCGGCGGGGGACGUGGCGGACGCGGGGCGCCCGGAAGGCGAGGCCCCCGAGGACGAGGAGCCCGAGGAGGAGCUGCCCUGGGUCGGCCGGGGCCCCGCCGCAGGGCUUGGCCCCGCGUCCCCCCCGCCGCAGGGAGGCGGCGCUCCAGUGCGGACGGCCAAGGCCGAGCGGCGCCACCAGGAGCGGCUGCGCGUGCAGAGCCCGGAGCUGCCGGCGCCUGAGCGGACCCUGUCCCCGGCGGAGCGCCGCGCCCUGGAGGCCGAGAAGCGCGCGCUGUGGAGGGCGGCCAGGAUGAAGUCUCUGGAACAGGACGCCCUCCGCGCACAGAUGGUCCUCAGCAAGUCUCAGGAGGGCCGAAGCAAGCGGGGGCCUCUGGAGCGCCUGGCCGAGGCCCCCUCGCCCGCGCCCACCCCGUCACCCACCCCCUUGGAAGACCUCGGCCUCCAGACCGGCACCUCCCCGGGACGCUUGUCCCCAGAUUUUGCUGAGGAGCUGAGGUCCUUGGAACCGUCUCCGAGCCCUGGUGAGUCGGCAGGCGCGGCCCCGGGUGCUCCCAGGGUGCCCGGGGCCCAUCAGCUCACUCCCUGCCCCCGUCGGCCAGGUCUGCCAGAGGAGGAUGGCGAGGUGGCCAUGGUGCUUCUGGGCAGGCCUUCUCCAGGCGCCGUGGGCCCCGAGGAGGUGGCCCUGUGCAGCAGCCGCCGCGCCGUCCGGCCGGGGCGCCGGGGCCUGGGCCCGGUGCCCUCCUAGAGGGUCAGGGUACCUCCCCCGACUUGGGGUGGGGGCCCUGCCAGCUCCAACACCACCCUUGCCUCGAGUCUUUUAACCCGGCCAUUAGCAUUUUAAAGAGGUCCCCUCAGGAGUUCUGGCCGCUAACUGCCCCCUCCCCAGCCGGGACCACCUGGCGAGACUGUAACUAGUGAUGUUUGUACAACCAAAGACUCUAUUUUGUGGUUUAAGGAGAAUAAAAUUGACUACGUUUUA